CCAGCGGGGCCGCAGCGGGCGGCAGGACACCACGAGAUGUUUGCUGUCUGCCCGGCAAACGCCCCGUUCCGGCAGGGCCGGGGAGGGCCAGCGUCGGGCACGGCCAUCCCAGGGGCGGGACAUGGGCCGGACUCCAACUCCAACUUCGUGGGAGAGGUGUGUGACAGCAAUGAGAACUGGAGCCAGCCCGCGCCGGGCUCCCCGCCGGAGGAGGGCUCCAGCCGGAGCGAAAACACCGCAAAUCCGUCUGAUAAUCUGCUGUUAUUAAUGCGGAGACAGAUGGUCCAGGGCCGGCUUAGGGACACCGCCCCGGGCCUGGGCGCCGUGCACCCCGAGCAGGGGGUGCGCAGCCCCCCCGAGGGAGCCGAGGUCAGCGGGGCAGGGGGACAGAGCAGUGCCGAGGAGGCGGCCGGGGGACGUGCCAAAGCCCCGAGCUCCCCUGCAGAGGACAACGGCUACGCCAGCAGCUCCCUCAGCAUCGACAGCCCCGACAGCACCUGCAGCACCACCUGGGACCCUCCUGCCUCUGCCCCCCGAGCCAGGAGCCCCCCUGAGGCAGGAGCGGCUGAGCCUGAGCUGGGGACGCUGUUCCCGGUGCUGGCAGAGGCUGUGCAGCACCUGCAGGACAAGGAGCGCUUCAAGGAGCAGGAGAAGGAGAAGCACCACAUCCAGCUGGUGAUGUACCGGCGCCUGGCCCUGCUGCGCUGGAUCCACGGCCUGCAGCAGAAAGUCGUGGACCAGCAGAACCGGCUGCAGGAGAGUUUCGACACCAUCCUGGAUAAUCGCAAGGAGCUCAUCCGCUGCAUGCAGCAGGGCCCAGCCUGCAUCGCUGCUGCAGCUGCCCCUGGCCCCUGAGGAGCCACCAGUGCAGCCCAGCCCAGCCCUCACCCUCUGGAUGGUGUGGCCUUGGCUGGUGGCAUCUCCAUCCUGUGCCAAGUGCUCACCGGGCUCCUGGUGCCCACCCUGCCCUUCCCAUCUCUCUCUGAUGCAGCCAAGAGUCCCCAAGUGCUCAUCUCCAUUAUCCCUCUGCACUGGAAUUUGUUUUGUCCUGUGUCCAGGUCCAGGGUGGCACUGGGCUGGCUCGACCUCAGGACCUUGGGGUUUGCUGAGCCCAAGGUGAGCAGGCUCAUUUUUAAACCUAAUCUAGUCCAUUGUUGAACCUGGCUUAGCCACACCGGUGCCAGGAUUGCUGUGCUGGAGCUGCACUGAGGGCCCCAGGGCAGUGGAGCUUCUAAACCUCCCUGGACGAAGCACUUCCAGCAUGUGCUUCAUCCCCACAUCCCACCUGCACUGGUGUGUCCCUGCAGCCACAGCCCAGCCCCUGGUAAACGUUGCUUGUUGGUGACAGUGAGGUGUCCUGGGCUGUGAGAGAAAGAAGUCAUUCUGAAAAGUGACCUCAGAAUGCUGAAAAGUAAAUUUAAGUCAAGUGAUUCAACACCAAUAUAUGUUUUUAAUGUCAGUGUUAGAGAAAAGUUAAUGUAAGUCUAUGUGUGUGUGCACGUCUGCCUGCUGUGGGCGAUGCUCUCACUCACUGCAUGAUCCCAAAGCUUCUCAUGAACUUGUGGUGUUGGUGUUUAUAUUAAUUUAUCAUUUGAGAGAGAAGAGAAUAUUAUUUUUGAACCUGCAUUUUAUCCAGCAAGAGCUGUAAACAGAACUCAAAGAACAAUUGUCUUAACUAGAGAUGGAAAAGGAGCUGCUGUGUGUUUGCUGUGCUUUGCUGUGUAUCCAUAGGACACAUAUUCCAUUAAAAUGCUGCUGUGGAGGAGCAGCAGUGGGCAGUGAGGGCUCAGCCAGAGGGGUCUGCACUCCCCAUCCUGCCCUGGUUGCCAAGCAAAGCCGAGCACUGAUUCCAUUUCUCAUCUGCAAAGGAGGGUGAGGAGGGAUUCCAGCGCUGCCGUGUUUCUCUCAGCCAAACUGCCAUCAGAGGAGCCACUUCACCAGCACCCCAGGGAGCAGCAGAACUGGGCAGCCUGGUGAGAUGCUGGCACCCACCAUCCACUGUGGAUAAACAACCACGGCCAAGCGCAGCAGUGACCCACGAGCCGAGGGCAGCACCAGCCUCCUCCCACCCCACAUGGGGCACAGCUGGGCUCUGCUCCCCCUGGGGCUGCUGCCACUGGGUGAAGUGAGGAGAUCCACAAAAAUCCUCUUCCAAAAAUGACGUUUUGGUGGCAGAGGGUGCACUCAGCUCAAAGCAACCUGUGCUAGCCCUGGAGGAUUCUGGCAGCUUCCCACAAGGCUCAUGCUGCCCUCACCUCCCUUCUGCUCGCUCGUGUCCAGCGCCUGCCGCCUCUGUCGUAUCGUGAUCGUGGGCAUGUUGCACACCUUAAUAAAAGCCUUGGAGCUGAAG